AUGGUGCCGCAUCUCCUCGCGCAGGGGCCCUACUACGUCCAGGCGGUCUCCGUCGGCCCCUUCGGGCACUCCCCCGUCGAGGCGCUGUCGCGGUGCGACCCGACGCCAGCGCCUCCCACGGCGGCGCCCGCGGUCCCGGCGGGCCUCGCGGGCGCGGCUGGGCCCAGGUGCCCCCCGCCGGCCAACGCCCCCAGGCUGGAGCAGCCUCCCGCGGACGACCCCGCCGCCGGCCUGGCGCCCCGGGCCGCCCCCGAGGGCGGCGCGGCCAGCUCCUCGGCGGGCAGCCGCGCACCGGCGCACGCCGAGCGGGCGCCUGCGCCGCUUGGGCUCCAACGGGAGCUCAGCGGCGCGAGCGAGAUCCACAGGAAGGUCCGAUGGACUGUGCACGCCAAGACGCUGACUGCUAACGACAAGGACAUCGUCUCGCAGCCCUUCGAAUUGAACGUUGGCGUUGAGGGUCCUGUGAACUUCAAGUUGGGAUUAUACCCGAGGGUUUCCUCCGACGCCAGGGGCGGUGCCUCGUUCAGACGGGCCAAGGGCAAAGGCCGCGUGACGCUGAUGUGCACCGACCCGAGGACCCAGACGAAAUUGCAGUUCCGCAUCGCCGUCGGCAGCGAGUCCUCGGAGGGCCAGCAGCCCAGGGGCCCCGUGACCCACGACUUCUUCGAGAAGCGGGUCGCGGAGCUGCCGACAGGCAGCGACGAGUGGGAUUUCAAGAAAGUAGUUGACGCGUCCACGGAUACCUUCACUGUGUGCUUGGAGAUCUUGCCUGCGUCUGGCUAG